GCAAAUAGCACAUCUGGAUCUCUUAACAAACUUAUCCAGUGGAUAUAGUCCUUGGUACUGGCUGAUUUAGUUUAUACUCUGUUUUCCUUUGCAUUGUUGUCUUUGUUCUGUGAAAAACGCCACAUCCCGGUUAGCUUGAAUUGCAUUCGAUGAGCCUGCCCCUGAAAAUCCUUUUGGAGGGGGGACAUGGAGGAGAACUCGGUGCAGGCAGUCAUGUCUAACAGCUUAAAAGCCAGAACACGCCAUCCAGCUUUGCCAUCAACAUUGCCAUGCCGUUAUCACAGUCCAAAUCUUCCACAGACAUGGUGCCACUGAAAGAGGAGUGUGGAGACCUGAAUGAAAUAGAAGAGAAAGAUCCGUUCCAGAAACAUAAUGCUUUAACUUCAGAAAAAUCAUUAAGUAGCUCACAGACUGACAAGACGACUUCCUUGCAAAAACAAGCUGAAGACAUGAAGACAUUAACUGGAAGUUGUUUCACCUGCUUUCAGUGUGGAACGAGUUUCGUGCAAAAAGGAAACCUUAAGAAACACAUGAGAAUUCACAGUGGAGAGAAGCCUUAUACUUGCAGACUGUGUGGGAAGAGUUUCACGGCAGCACUAAACCUUAAGUAUCACAUGAACAGUCAUAAUGGAGUAAAGCCAUUCAGAUGUGAUCAGUGUGGAAAGAGAUUCACACGAAAAGUACACUUUAAAAACCACAUGAAGAUUCACUCGAGAGAGAACUGUUUUGUAUGUCAUCAGUGUGGAAAGAGUUUCCCUGAAAAAGGAAACCUUAAAAUCCACAUGAGACUCCACACUGGAGAGAAGCCUUACACAUGCACUCAGUGUGGAAAGAGUUUCACAUAUAAAAAAUCCCUUGAUGCCCACAUGAGAAAUCACACUGGAGAGAACCCUUUCACCUGCCAACUGUGUGGAAAGAGCUUCACUCAAAAAGGAAACCUUAAAAUCCACAUGGUAAUCCACACUGGAGAGAGCUCUUACACGUGCCAACAGUGUGGAAAGAGCUUCACUCAAAAAGGAACCCUUAACAGGCACAUGAGAGUUCACACUGGAGAGAGCUCUUUUACCUGCCAACAGUGUGGAAAGAGCUUCACUCAAAAAGGAAACCUUAAAAUCCACAUGAGACUUCACACUGGAGCAAGCUCUUACACUUGCCAACAGUGUGGAAAGAGUUUCACUCAAAAAGGAAAUCUUAAAAUCCACAUGGGAAUACACACGGGGGAGAGCUCUUACACUUGCCAACAGUGUGGAAAAAGCUUCACUCAAAAAGGAAACCUAAAACUCCACAUGAGACUUCACACUGGAGAGAAGCUUUACACAUGCCCUCAGUGUGGACAAAGUUUCACAUAUAAAAAAUCCCUUGAUUCCCACAUGAGAAAUCACACUGGAGAGAAGCCUUUCACCUGCCAACUGUGUGGAAAGAGCUUCUCACAAAAAUGUAACCUUAAAAUCCACAUGGGAAUCCACACUGGAGAGAGCUCUUACACGUGCCAUCAGUGUGGAAAGUGUUUUACUCAAAAAGGAACCCUCAACAGGCACUUGGCUAUUCACACGGGAGAGAGCUCUUUCACCUGCCGAAAAUGUGGAAAGAGUUUCAAUCAAAAAGGAAACCUUAAAACACAUGAGAAUUCACACUGUAGAGAAGCGUUAUACCUGCAUAAUUUUCCUGUUAUCGAUGUAAAUCUGCUUUGAAACAGUCUGUAUUGUAUAAAGUGCUAUAUAAAGGCGAUUUGACUGUGUGGAAAAAGUGUCACUGCAGAACUAAAACUUGAGUAUCAAAUGAACAGUCACUGAUGAAAAGCUGUUAAGAUGAGAAGUGUCACUUUGCCAGUUUUCAACCCCCUUUGUGUUGUUACAAUAUUGGUAGUACUUGUUAACAGAAAAUGUUUACCUGUUCACUGUAUUAACUGAACUGAGAAAUUCACAUUUAUUUGUCAACAAAAGUUUGAGCUUUUGUGAAAACUAGAUUAUACUUGCACAUUCUUUUAUCCCCACCCAUGGCCUGUCAAAUCAACAGAAGGUUGUUAACAGUAAAAUACAAGUUUUAGUGAAUAUCCUACCCUUAAAUUACUGUUCCAUGUCUACUCUUUAAACAUCAUUAUGGUAAAAAUGGAACACUAUGGCAACAGCUUUCUUACCUGUACAUGACAGCAUUUUACCUCGGGAGAACUGGCAGAAUGGCAGUUUCUUUCCGUUUGGCCUAAAACUGUCAUCCGGUGGACAUUCGUUUUGAAUUGUUGACUGCAAACACAUAGUUUUAGAAUUUUCUCUCCAUGUUUUCAACACUUUGCAGCCUUUAGCCACUGCCUACAACGCACUGGAUGCUUCACUGGAAACCUCAAGUAACUCACUCACUUGCUUGAAUUCUUGCACCCGGGAACAAAAAGUGUUAACAAUUAUGACUAAGCAUUUGCUAAGAAGCAUUUCCUACUAAAGCAAGAAGCUAUUUGACUCUGGUAAGUGCAUCCAUGGCAGACUGGUGGGAGUUGCCUUGUACGGCAACAUGCUCAUUGCAUUCUAGUAUUGAAGUUUUCACACCUAUUUGGCAAAGCCUUUUUCCUUGUUUUUUCUAGUCAGGUAGCAAUUAUUUAAAUUUUAUUGCCUUUCUACUGUACAGGUGUAGUGGAAAACUUAUUUCUAAGCAUUUAUUUUUGUUUUGUACUUUAUUUGAUUUGUGUCUCUGUUUGGAGUCUGCUUAUGUGGAAAUUUACUGGCUGGCUGUGAUAAGAAGUUACAACAACAGGUGCACAUCCUUGAAACUACCUUUUGCAGGAGCUAGAGAUUUUGGACGCUUUGAAAACUUUUCUAUUUAUAAAUAUGUAAAAGUGUGUGGUCGUAAAAACACCCCGAACUAGGCGAGGUUGUCUCUUCACGGCAGAAAACUGUAUGUGAAUGGCCUUCUUGCAAGAAUAAAACUCAAGAGAGACA